AACAACAAAACAAUGAGCAGAGGAAUAUAACUUUUUUUCUUUCUUUUUUGCUUUUUCACAACCAAAACCAAAAGCACUACACACACUCAUGACACCAGUUUUAGUACCUUCUCCGCCACCAACCGCCGCGGAAUCAGGCGGCGGCCAGUCCAUGGUAUCUACAGUUUUCAUGGUCCUCCUCCUCCCUUGUGUAGGCAUGUGCAUCAUUUUCUUAAUCUAUCUCUUCCUUUUAUGGUGUUCAACACGACGUCGUAUUGAACGUCUUCGAUUCGCGGAACCUGUUAAGCCGGUUACCGGUAAAGGCCUUACGGUUUUAGAGCUGGAAAAGAUCCCAAAACUUACCGGAAAAGAGCUUGCCGUAAUGGCUAGGUCGACCGAGUGUGCGGUUUGCCUAGAAGAUAUAGAGAGUGUUCAAUCGGCUCGUAUGGUUCCUGGUUGUAAACAUGGCUUUCACCAGUUGUGUGCUGAUACAUGGCUAUCUAACCACACGAUUUGUCCUCUUUGCCGCGCCGAGCUUGCUCCGAACCUUCCUCAGAUCAAUGGAGAUCAAAGUCCAUGUUGAGUAAAAUCAUAAAUAUUCUUUUUCUUCUUUAUGUCACAUUUGGUUUAGUUCCUUUGUUUCAUCUUUUUAUUGCCUUUUUGUGUAAGCGUUACAUAGGUAUUAGUUGUUCUUUUUUUUUUAAUUGUACAUGAAAUUUAUAUUAAAAAAGUUAUUUGCUAAACAUAUUCA